AUGACUUGCUAUAUUCUAAAUGAUGUGUCAACCAAGUCUGCUGGAAAGACACCUUAUGAACUGUGGUCUGAUCCGGUUCAGACAACAUUGGUAAUUCUGUUUGGUUUUCUCAUGAAAUGCGAAAGAGGGCAUUCGAACACAAAAUCAGACUCCUCCCAAUUUCCAGUUGCAAUUAAUAAUAUGACUAACUACAAGGUCUGCAAAUCACCUUUCCAGAUCUACUCAGCUGGUGUAUUUACAGGAACCAGUGGCACUGAUCUGGACCACGCAGUCACGGCGGUUGAAUAUGGAGUGGAUGAUGAUGGGACUAAGUAUUGGUUGGUGAACAACUCUUGGGGCAGUAGCUGGGGUGAAGAAAGCUACAUUAGGAUGCAAAGGAAGGCCUUUGUGGCAUAG